AUGACGGGCCUAGGCGGCGCCGGCGCCGGCGGCUUCGACGACGACGACGACUGGGGCCUGACCGAGGAGCAGCUCGACAAGCUCGAGCGGGACUCUUAUCGCGUUCUCGCCGAGCGCAAGGCCUCCUCCUCCACCUCCUCCACCGCUCCCGCGACCUCGCCGCUGCCCAAUCCCGCCCUAUCGCCGGCGGCCAGGGUCUCUUCGCCGCUCAGGAACGACGUGCACCCCGCCUCCAGGGUCUCCCUGGAGUCUCGCUUCGGCAAGGCAGAAUCACCUUCACCUUCUCGGCAUAGUCAACCAACUGCAGUGAAUAAUACUCAGGGAAGCCUGCCUAAGACAUCUGUACAGCUUUUCCUACAUUCCAGUGGUGUGAUUGCAGCAAAGUUCCCUUAUAACCAGAAACUUGUGGAUGCAUUUCACAAGAUUCCAAAGGCUAGCUGGAACGGGAAAGAGAGGGUAUGGAUAUUCCCUCCCACAUCUUUAGCAAUAGCAGAGGAAGUUCUUCAUGCAGUGCCUGGAUUAGCCGCUGAGCUUCAUAAAUUGGAUCCACUAGUUCAGCGGGCUUUCGAUGCUGCUUUAGCUGUCAAAGAUCUUCGAGGUUUGUAUGACAGGAUUCCAACUGAUGUUGAGUCGAAGCUUAUGCCAUUUCAGCGCGAAGGAGUUAGGUUUUCUCUGCAGCAUGGGGGCAGAGUGCUGAUAGCAGAUGAAAUGGGUCUUGGAAAGACGUUACAGGCAAUUGCUGUUGCUUCUUGCCUUCAUGAUGCCUGGCCAGUUCUUGUAAUCUCUCCAUCUUCCUUGCGAUUACAUUGGGCUACCAUGAUUCAGCAGUGGCUUAACAUCCCUACGGAAGAUAUCUUGGUGGUAUUACCACAGACUGGAGGAUCAAACAAGGCAGGAUUCAGAUUGGUGUACUCAAACACCAAAGGAGAUUUUGACUUGGAUGGUGUGUUCAAUGUGAUAUCUUAUGAUGUAAUUCCCAAGAUACAAAGCACACUUCUGGACUUGGACUUUAAGAUAGUUAUAGCUGACGAAUCACACUUUUUGAAGAAUGCCCAAGCAAAGAGAACAAUUGCUUCACUUCCUGUUCUGCAGAAAGCUCAAUAUGUGGUUUUGCUAAGUGGGACUCCUGCUUUGUCUCGUCCUAUCGAGUUGUUUACUCAGCUCCAGGCGUUGUAUCCUAAUGUGUACAAGAACGUAAAUGAAUAUGGCAAUAGAUAUUGCAAAGGUGGAUUUUUUGGGAUGUAUCAAGGUGCUAGCAAUCACGAGGAGCUACAUAAUUUGAUGAAAGCCACCGUCAUGAUCCGCAGGUUGAAGAAAGAUGUUCUUUCGGAGUUGCCUGUUAAGCGUAGACAACAGGUUUUUCUGGAUUUGAGUGAGAAAGAGAUGAAACACAUCCGUGCUCUUUUUCGUGAGUUGGAGACUGUGAAGAUAAAAAUGCAGUCUUGUGACUCUAAGGAGAUGUUUGACUCUCUCAAAUUUAAUCAGAAAAAUAUUAUUAACAAGAUAUACACUGAUUCAGCUGAUGCCAAAAUUCCAGCAGUGCUAGAUUACCUCGGCACUGUAAUUGAGGCUGAUUGCAAAUUCUUAAUAUUUGCACAUCAUCAACCCAUGAUUGACGCUAUUCACCAACAUCUCUUGAAAAAGAAAGUCAAUUGUAUAAGAAUUGAUGGGCAAACACCUGUAGCUGUAAGGCAAACUCUAGUCACGGAUUUCCAGAACAAGGAUGACAUCAAGGCAGCAGUGCUAUCCAUCAAAGCUGGAGGUGUUGGGUUAACUUUGACAGCGGCAAGCACAGUAAUAUUUGCUGAGUUGUCAUGGACUCCCGGUGACAUUAUUCAAGCAGAAGAUCGUGCUCACCGGAUUGGUCAGGUUUCUUCGGUGAACAUAUAUUACCUUCUAGCAAAUGAAACGGUAGAUGAUAUUAUAUGGGAUGUUGUUCAAGGCAAACUUGAGAAUUUGGGGCAGAUGCUGGAUGGGCAGGAGAAAACACUGGACUGUUCCCAGAGCGAGACCAGACCAAGCCCCUCGAAGCAGAAGACCCUUGACUCAUACCUCAAGCGAUGCAGCACUUCCACAGAAACCCAGCCCAGCGCGAAGAACCCCAGAUUUUGAUGAAGGGAUCAAUGUGUCGCUGCCUGCGUGUGAUCAAAGCAGGCACAUUGUUUCCUCUUUCUUCUCUGGAGUGGCCCUGCCGUGUAUCGCUGUUGUAAACAAAUGCUUAAUUGGGUUAGCGUGUAUGUUAGCACCGGCGAGGAUUGGGUCGCGCUGCCUUGUUGUAUUUUGGUUAGUCUGUAAUAUGGGAGUACCAUCUUCUUAGGGCUUGUAAUAACUACUCUCCCCGUUCCGUAAUUCGUCUCAAAUUUGUUAAAAAAUGGAUGUAUAUAUAUUCUAAAAAACAUCUAGAUACAUGUAAUAUUUCGACAAGAAUUAUGAAACGGAGGGAGUAGAACAUAAAAUGGACCUUAGGAAGAGAAUUGGCAGCCGGCAGGCUGGCCUACACGUUGAGGCCUUGCCCUGCUGUCUGCUCGAUCCCACCAUUUUUCA